UGUACACAGGCGCUGUGAGGCUGCGGGGCAUUCUGGGUAAAGAUGGAUGCCUAUGAUCUGUUUCGCCGGCUCGGAGCCGGCGCCAAGUUCGACGUGAAGCGGUUCUCGGCAGACGCUGCUCGAUUCCAGGUCGGAAAAAGGAAAUACGAUCGCGAUUCUUCGGAGGUGCUGCAAGGACUAGACUUCUUCGGAAACAAGAAGUCUGUCUCAGAUGAGUCUGGAGCAUUACCAACACACCAAAAUGAGGAGCAAACAGAAGAGGGCCUGAUGGAAAGGAGUAAGGAGCCCAAGAAGAAAAAGAGAAAGAAGAUGAUUCCAGAAAUUACUGCUCAAGAAGACUUUGACACUACUAUACAGUGGACUUCCUCGGUGGAAGCAAAGAUUCAAGAAGAGAACAAAGCCAAAGGAGAAAAGAAGCUAACUUCAGGAAAGUUGGAACAUCUCAGGAAGGAAAAGAUCAACUUCUUCCGGAACAAACACAAGAUACAUAUACAAGGAACUGAUCUUCCUGACCCAAUUGCUACAUUUCAGCAACUUGACCAAGAAUAUAAAAUCAGUUCUCGAUUGCUCCAGAACAUUCUAGACGCAGGUUUCCAAGUGCCCACACCAAUUCAGAUGCAAGCCAUUCCAGUUAUGCUGCAUGGUCGGGAACUUCUGGCUUCUGCUCCUACUGGGUCUGGGAAGACUCUGGCUUUUAGCAUUCCCAUUUUAAUGCAGCUGAGACAACCCGAAAAUAAAGGCUUUCGAGCUCUGGUUAUAUCCCCAACUCGAGAACUUGCCAGCCAGAUUCACAGAGAAUUAAUUAAAAUAUCUGAGGGUACAGGAUUCAGAAUACACAUGAUCCACAAAGCUGCAAUAGCAGCUAAGAAAUUUGGACCAAAAUCAUCUAAGAAAUUUGAUAUUCUUGUGACUACUCCAAAUCGACUGAUCUACUUGUUAAAGCAGGAUCCACCAGGGAUAGACCUGACAAGUGUGGAAUGGCUGGUAGUAGAUGAGUCGGACAAACUGUUUGAAGAUGGCAAAACUGGGUUUAGAGACCAGCUGGCUUCCAUUUUCCUGGCCUGCACAUCCCACAAGGUCAAAAGAGCAAUGUUCAGCGCAACUUUUGCAUAUGAUGUUGAACAGUGGUGCAAACUCCACCUGGACAAUGUCGUUACCGUAUCCAUCGGAGCAAGGAAUUCUGCAGUUGAGACUGUUGAACAAGAACUUCUCUUUGUUGGUUCUGAGACUGGAAAACUUCUGGCCAUGAGAGAACUUGUUAAGAAGGGUUUCAAUCCACCUGUUCUUGUUUUUGUUCAGUCCAUUGAAAGGGCUAAAGAACUUUUUCAUGAGCUCAUAUAUGAAGGUAUUAAUGUGGACGUCAUUCAUGCAGAAAGAACACAGCAGCAGCGAGAUAACACAGUCCACAGCUUCAGAGCAGGUAAAAUCUGGGUUCUUAUUUGUACAGCCUUGCUCGCAAGAGGGAUUGACUUUAAAGGAGUAAACCUGGUCAUCAAUUACGAUUUUCCAACCAGCUCAGUGGAGUACAUCCAUAGGAUAGGUCGAACUGGAAGAGCAGGGAAUAGGGGAAAGGCUGUUACAUUUUUCACUGAAGACGAUAAACCAUUACUAAGAAGUGUUGCCAAUGUUAUCCAGCAGGCUGGUUGUCCUGUGCCUGAAUACAUAAAAGGUUUCCAGAAACUGCUAAGCAAACAAAAGAAAAAGAUGAUUAAGAAACCCUUGGAAAGGGAGAGCAUUAGUACAACUCCAAAGUAUUUCUUAGAGCAAGCUAAACAGAGAAAGGUUGCUGGCCAAAAUAGCAAGAAGAAAGAAACUCUUGAAGAGAAAAGUUAAAAACAGACACCUUAGAAGGCUAUCCCUGCAGUGUAAUUUAUGAGCUCAGAGUGAAUUCUCAUGGAUACUUAACAACCAUCUUUACCAAACAUACUAAAUCAACAAGGACGUGAGAAAAGAAAAUGGUCCUAAUUUACCGAUGCAUCAGGGCAAGCUUCACCUUGUAGGUGAAAUUUAUACAAUGGAAAUAACAUGCAUUGACAUUGCUGCCUGAACGCGGAGAGAUACUUCUUAUAGAAGAACAAGAGUUGAUGUUAAAAUAACACCCGAAUGUGGUGAACUCUUAAGGAUUUUGCCCUUCAAGUAUGAUGCAUGCUGUGGAGAGGCAUCUGGAACAGAAUUUUAAAAUAAAAUCUUGAGCUUGAAUGCACCAUCCACACUUGUGUGCAUGGAGAGUGUUGUAUGUGGGAUGCAGAUAAGAGCAUCACAGGCCAUCCACUAGGAAGAAGCCUAGCACUCUCUUUAGUUUGUUAAUGGCAUUUGUGGUGUGAGCCACAAUCAGGAGGUACUUUAUCUAUGGUUAUCCAAGUUCCCGAGGAUUGGAAACUUCAGUCUGAUCAGCCUCUCCCUCUCUGACUUCAUUCUCCAUCAUUUAACCAUGUUCUUUCCUGUCUCUUUCCAUUCAAGAUGAAAGCUGAUAACAGUGUUUUAUCCUGAUAAGGAAGAACGGUCCUGUUACAUGAUACGCCUGGCUUCAUUUUCUCAGAGGCUUAUCUUUGCUGAGGCUUGAUAGCCUUCAUCCACCCUCUGCCAAAGGAGUGCGAUCAUAUUCAGAGCAAGGCAAUGCACGAUGUGCAGGUUUUGUACAGUGACAUUCAAAGGGACUUUGUACAAGCUGCGGUACUUAGAGCUGGUGCCUAGAGUUACCCGGGAUCCGUGCUGCCACAGGACUGCAGUGCAGGUGACUGCCAGUGUCUGAAUUAAACCCGUUGAGACCUUU